CCCAGCCUUUUGGCCCCAGGUCCAUGGCAUGGGAGUGAGCGCUGAAGGAUGCUGAAGAAGAGCAGCUUGGUGCUGUGGGGGGCGGCGCUCUUCAUCGCCUGGAACGGCCUCCUCCUCCUCUUCCUCUGGAGCCGCCCGACCUCGCCUCCCGACGGCGACCUCCUCACAGCCCAAGUGAUCCGCUUGGCCCAGGACGCCGAAACCGAGCUGGAGCGGCAGAAGCAGCUCCUGCACCAGAUCCACCGCUACAGCGGCCUCUGGAGCCGGCGGCACCGCCGCGGCCCCGGCACCCCCAAACCGCCCCCUCCGCCACCACCGCCGCCGUCGCCGGCCCCGCCGCACCCCACCGAGCCCGGCGGCGCUGUGCUGCCCGUGCUGGUGCUGGCCUGUGACCGCAGCACCGUGCGCCGCUGCCUCGAUAAGCUCCUGCGGUACCGGCCUUCGGCGCAGCAAUUCCCCGUCAUCGUGAGCCAGGACUGCGGGCACGCCGAGACCGCCCGGGUCAUCGCUUCCUAUGGGGAUGCAGUGGCUCACAUCCGGCAGCCGGACCUCAGCGACAUCCCGGUGCCGGCGGAGCAUAGGAAAUUCCAAGGAUACUACAAGAUCGCCCGGCAUUACCGCUGGGCGUUGGGGCAGGUUUUCCGCACGUUCCGGUACCGUGCUGCCAUCGUGGUGGAGGAUGACUUAGAAGUUGCUCCGGAUUUCUUUGAAUAUUUCCAAGCGGCAUUCCCGCUGCUCCUGGCCGACCGCAGCCUCUGGUGCGUGUCCGCUUGGAACGACAACGGGAAGGAGCAGAUGGUGGACGUCGCGCAGGCUGAACUGCUUUACAGGACUGAUUUCUUUCCCGGCCUUGGUUGGUUGCUUUUAGCCGAGCUUUGGGAUGAACUCGAGCCCAAAUGGCCGCGAGCUUUCUGGGACGAUUGGAUGCGGCAGCCGGAGCAGCGCCGCGAUCGCUCCUGCGUCCGGCCCGAGGUCUCCCGUACGAUGACUUUUGGUCGCAAAGGCGUGAGCCACGGGCAGUUCUUUGACCAGUAUUUAAAAUUCAUCAAACUCAACGACCGUUUCGUGCCUUUUACCCAACUGGAUCUUUCUUACCUCAAAAAGGACGAGUACGAACGUUCCUUCCUCCCUAAGGUUUACUCUGCUCCGGAGGUGAGGGUGGAAGAGCUCCAGGGGAACCGGCGCCGGGAGCUGGGCACCGUCCGCCUCCAAUACAGCGGCCGUGACUCCUUUAAGGCCUUCGCCAAAGCUUUGGGGCUGAUGGACGACCUCAAGUCCGGCGUCCCCCGCGCCGGCUACCGCGGCAUCGUCAGCUUCGUCUACAGGGGACGGCGCGUUUACCUGGCGCCCCCCUCGGACUGGACGGGAUACGAUCCCAGCUGGAGUUAGCGGGAGUUGCGCUGCUCAGUGUGGUUUUGUUCCGGGGGGGAAUUUCUCCCCCCCUUUUUCAUUGCUUUUGGGGUUUUUUUUUUGUGGUGUGGAUUUAGAGGGGAGGAGCCAGGACACGAUUCGGGGCGAGUGGAGGAAUGAUUUUGCAGAAUAAAUGGCAAAAAAAACCUAAAACU